UCUUAAAUAUCCUGUAACACAUUCGUCCUAUAACACAGAUUCACAAAGAGGCAGCUAUCUGUUCGACUUCAUGUUCGUUUUUAAGCUUGUUGGAGAUCCCUUUCCUUCAUUCGUGCUUAGGGCUUCAUUCGUCCAACAGGGACUUUUGAUAGUAAACAAGCAGACCGGAGGGGAGGGAGGGAAGCGGACCGGAGAACUGGUUGCUGGAGACGUUGAGGUAGACGAGGCGAUUACAAGCGGAGAGAGUGUGAGCAAUGUCGCCGAAGUAUUUGUUGGCGGAGAGAUCCAAGUACUAAAGAGAAGCGGCAGCGGAGAAGUCGCUUUCGCUGGAGAUUUUGUUUCCUUUCAGCGCCAGGUGGUUGAGGAGCCACGGGAUGAGUGCUGGCCCUGAAAUCUUGUUGUAGGAGAAAUCCGCCACGCGGAGGUUGAGCUUCCAGCGCGGUGAGUCGAACUCGAGGAGGUUGCUAGAGAGGUUGAGCGAUUGGAGGUUUGAGCAUGAGGA